UCACCUGUGACUAUCCUCCGAUCAGCUCCUAAGUUUCAGGUCUUCAUGUUAGGUUUCAGGAAAUCGUCGAGAAGCGAUACCAAGGCGAAAUCGUCGAAGCUCGACCGGAGCAACAGUUUGAGAAGCAAAAUGAUGAGACAAAACUUCGAUUACGAGGAGAAGUCCGUACCUAAGUAUCUCAAGUUGAUUAGGCCGUUCUACGUGAAGAUCUCAAAUAAGGUGAAAUCGACCGAUUCCGCAACUCCGUCGUCUUCUCCGGUUAACUUGAUCGGAAGCUUUAAGAUUGUGACGCGGAAUUUAGGAAAGAGUCGAUCGGCUUCGGUUGGAGUUGCGCCGCCGUCGAUCCGCCGGAGAGACGAUUCCUUGCUGGAACAGAACGACGGAAUCCAAGGCGCCAUUCUCCAUUGCAAAAAAUUCUUCAAUUCUUCAUCCCAAGAUUAUUCGCGAUUAUUUAGAGCUACGAGCGAUCCAUCACACGAGACACUAAGAGCAGCGUCGAGAAAUUCAUUCGAGGAGCAAAAACGGUGCAGCAUUUGAAUCGCAGUUCAGUAGCGGAAAACAGAAGCAGCGGGAAGAUAGUUUUUGAAAAGUGAAAAAGAAAAAAAAUUGAAAUCGGGCAGUCCAAUUAGUAUAGCAAUGCAUAGUUGUUGUUCUGUAACAACUAGUAGUAAAACUAAAAAGUAACUGAUGGCCAAAUAUUAGAGAUGCUUAGUGUGGCUAAACUUUUAAAAGAAUUUUAAAUGUCAUGUCCUGCAAUGUAAUUUUAUGGACUUUUCUACUUAUAAUGAUCAC